UUCGCGCUUCACGAACGUUCCAACCGCCUCCCAAAAUACUAGUCACUGCGGCGUGGGUGCGUGUGGUAGUAGUGAAGCAUUGGUCAAGUGCGAUUUGACCGCCCUGGGGAGGGGACAGCUCCCAGGAGGUGUCGUGUUCACACCUUCAAAGGACCACACGUGAAGUUUCUGCCGGGUUUUAGCACCGUUCGCCGGAUGUCAGGAUGGGAAAUACCGAGAGCAAUGUGACCAGUGGCGUUAAGAAGCAGGCCGGAGUGUCCACCCAGGCGCUGUACAAGUUCGUCAACCUGAAGGGCGGCGGUCUGCUGGUGGACAUGAUGAAGCGCGCGAUACAGAACAAGCAGUACGCCGAGAUUGAUCAUGCGAUCAAGACGAAGGUGGAGCCGUUUCUGUACAACAAGGGCAAGGGGAAGUAUAUCCCCGUGUCGGUGCUGGUGCUGUUACGAAACCGGGAGCGGCCGCGCCACAAGCAGCUGCCCGAGAUCCGGGCGAUGGAGAACCCGGAGGAGGACUUUGACAUCGAUGCGGUCUGUCCGGAAGUGAGCGAAGCCGAGUACUACCUAAACCCUUCCGGCUAUCGGGAGGUGUGCUGGAACAUAAAGGAACGUGGCGCUGUGGGAGAGACAAUUCUACACCUUUGCCUACUGAACGCCACUUCCCUGCAUGCGGACCUAGCCAAACGACUGCUGCGCUUCUAUCCCAAGCUCAUCAACGACGUGUACAUGUGCGACGAGUACUACGGUGAGAAUGUCCUGCAUCUCGCGAUCGUGAACGAAGAUCCUGCCAUGGUGAAGUAUCUGCUCGAUCACAACGCGGACGUAAACGAGCGCUGCUGCGGUACGUUCAUGUGCCCGGAAGAUCAGAAAGCCUCCCGCUACGAUACGCCCGAAACGGAGGUCGUCCAGAUGGUGCAGGUGACGAACUACGACGGCUACGUGUACUGGGGCGAGUACCCGCUCACCUUUGCCGCCUGUCUCGGGCAGGAGGAGUGCUACCGGCUGGUGCUGGCCCGCGGCGCCGACCCGGACAACAAAGACUUCAACGGCAACACGGUGCUGCACAUGCUGGUGAUAUACGAGAAGAUUGCCACGUUCGACAUGGGGUACGAGGUGGGUUCGUCGCUUAGCAUCCGCAACCACCAGAACCUGACGCCGCUGACGCUGGCGGCCAAGCUCGGCCGGGUGGAGAUGUUCUUUCACAUCAUGAACAUCGAGCGCGAGAUCUACUGGCAGCUGGGCAGCAUCACGUGCGCCGCCUAUCCGCUCGGCCUGAUCGACACGAUCGACGUGGAGACGGGCAACAUUAACAAAGAUUCCGCCCUGAAUCUGGUGGCGUUCGGCGACAAGGACGAGCAUCUUGAUCUGCUAGAUGGGGUGCUGAUCGAUCUGCUCAAGACGAAGUGGAACACGUUCGUGAAGGACAAGUUCUAUCGGCAGUUUUUCAUGUUCUUCUGCUACUUUUGCGUGUCGCUGGUGAGCUUCACGCUGCGCAACGGACCACCACCGGCGGAGGAUGACGAUGGGAAGGAGAGCGAGGCAGGGGGGAAUAAAACGGCUGCUGUCACGAAGGAAGAUCUUCGCCGGCAGCUGUGGAACGAAACGACACUAGAGGAUACGCUGGCUGCCAGAGCAACGGAAGUGGCGACGCGAUGGGAGUUUGAUCCUGCCGAGAUGGACGACGAGGGUCUGUUCUUCAACUCCAACUGCCACACGAUGGAUUACGACGGUGUGGAGGGCAAGGUGCGUCUCAUAUCGGAGAUGAUCAUACUGGUCGGUUCGUUUCUGUAUCUGCUCGCUGCCUUGCGGGAGUUGAAGUUUCUUGGGCGGAAAAUGUUCUUCGAAAAUCUUAUGACAGCACCAUCGAGGGUUAUGUUUCUGUUUUCCUGCUGCAUAAUGAUGAUCGUACCGUUUCUGAAGGUUCUCUGCUUUACGGAGCUGGAAGAUCACGUAGCCGUAACGAUCAUGCUGACGACGGCGCCCUAUUUUCUAUUCUUCUGUCGUGGCUUCAAAACGGUCGGACCGUUCGUGGUGAUGAUAUACCGCAUGGUGAUGGGCGAUCUGUUGCGGUUCGUCGUCAUCUAUCUGGUGUUUGUGAUGGGCUUCUCGCAGGCGUACUACAUCGUGUUUCUCUCCUACAAGCCGGACGAGGAAGGCGACCCAAACCCGAUGCCGUCGCCGAUCGAGUCGAUCGUAGCGAUGUUUCUGAUGUCGCUGACCAACUUUGGCGAUUACUAUGGCGCACUGGAGAACACCGACCACGAGAUGUGCGCAAAGAUCUUGUUCGUGCUGUUCAUGGUGAUCGUUGCCGUGCUGUUGGUGAACAUGUUGAUCGCUAUGAUGGGCAACACGUACCAGAAGAUUGCGGAAACGAAGAACGAGUGGCAGCGCCAGUGGGCCCGCAUCGUGCUCGUCGUCGAGCGUGGCGUCCCGCCGAAGGAGCGGCUCAAGAACCUGAUGUCGUACAGCCAACCGAUGUCGGACGGGCGCCGUGCGCUGGUGCUACGAUUAAACAUGACGGAGGAAGAUAAGGAAGAGAUGAAGGAGAUACUCGAAAUGAAGCGCGUCCACGAGCGGCUCUCCAUAAAGCGGCAGGUCGAGCGGGAUGCACGGGCCGAGCAGCGUCGGCUGCUGCGCGAGAAGUACUUGAAUAUGUCUUCAUGAGCCGUUCGGAGAGGAGAGGUUUUUAUGAUGCUAGCAGUAAGCAGCAAUAAUCGAUACCACUUCCCCACUUUUCCACCAGUCUCGUUCAUCUCUGUUAGCUGUUUAGGGCAAUUUUUUUAUUAAACUUCGAAUAGAGA